AUGCGUUGGAUAGCACUGCUUGAAUUUGGCCACGAUGAUGUGAAAGAAGAGCUAAUAUGGUCGAAGGUUGAUGUGGAGAAAUUGGAUUAUGAGAAAAUGAUAAAUCUUAUCCAUGAAAUUGGAAUUUCCCAUUCACUGCGGCCUUUUCUAUGGCCGAGGUUUUGCGGUGCAACAAAAAAGAAAGCGGCAAGUGCUUUCAGUUAUGUCGAAGUAAUCAAGCACUGCGACAAGGAUAAUUCAUCAACAAGUGCGCAAAUUGAAAAAGAUUUAUCAAGAACUUUGCCUAACAAUAUAUGUUUUUGGGAGCCCAGUAGUAAAGGUAUCGAAAGCUUACGAAGAGUUCUAAAAUCGAUUGCUUAUAUUUAUCCGGAUAUUGGUUAUUGUCAAGGAAUGGGUGUUAUUGCAGCUUCGUUAUUGCUAUUUUGCUCAGAAGAAACAGUUUUCUGGAUUAUAGCAUCAUUAAUUGAAGAUAUAUUUCCACCCAAUUACUACAGUCGAUCGUUUCUUGGUUUGCAGGCUGAUCAACGAGUUUUGCAGCAGUUAAUUGGGAUACAUAUGCCUGAAUUGAAUUAUAUUUUAAAAGAUAAUGACGUCGAGUUAUCACUAAUUACUAUUAAUUGGUUUUUAACAGCUUUUGCAUCAGUUUUUUCUAUGCGAGUUUUACUGCGUGUUUGGGAUUGUUUAUUCUUUUUUGGUGGAGUGACGAUGUUCAGGGUGUUAAUCUCGAUUUUGAAAAUCAAAGAGGAUGAUUUGAUAGAAAUGAAAUACAACGAAAACGUUACGGUAGAAUUAUUCAAUACAAUAUCGCAAAUUCCAGCAUCUUUAAAUAAUCCAAGGUACUUAAUGGAACUGUGUACAUCUUUUGAAUUUUCAAUAACUGAGGAAUUUAUCGAAACAGCUCGAAAACAUCAGCAAGCAAUUCUAUUAGCUGGUCAAGGACUUAUCAUAAACACAAAUAAUAUUACAAAUUUACCAAAACAGCAUGUUCGAAGACGUAGACUAACGGGAUCAAAAAGUUUUGUGCAGCAAAUAUUUGCUUCAUCUAAGGAACAGGAUACAGAAAGUGAUCCGAAAACGAAAAAUGUCCGCCUUACUGAACUUAUCGUCGAUUUACGAGAUGCUGUUUUGCAUAUUUGUCGAUAUUUCAUUGAAUGUGAUGAGUCGUUUAAAAGAAUAGUCAACCUACAGGCAGAUUACUCAGCAGAGGAUCAGCAAAGCGAAAAGGUGGAAUUUUUAAAAACGCGACAUCGCGCAUAUCGUCGUGCAAGGGCAUUAUUAGAUUUUAGGCGACAAGAUGAUGACGAAUUAGGAUUCAGGAAGAAUGAUAUAAUAACAGUUAUUUGUGAAAAAGAUGAACAUUGCUGGAUUGGUGAAGUAAAUGGACUAAGAGGAUGGUUUCCAGCAAAAUUUGUUGAGAUAGUUGAUGAUCGUGGACGUGAUUAUACAAUAUACGGUGAUGAAGCGGUUUGUCCAGAGAUAACGGAUAAGAUUCGUAGACGUUUGGCUUCAGCUUUGAAACUAAUUUUGGAGCAUGGAUUGCGAAGAUCUGGUGUACUUAAUUUUGCUUCACAUCCAUGGCUUUUCAUUGAAGAGAUUUCACAAAGUUUUGUGCAAAAGCAUUAUAAUGCCGUAUAUUCUCGUCUAACACUUUGUUCAACAUUCAGUUUGGAUCAAGAUGGAGAGGUAUUAACACCAGAAGAACUAUUAUUUCGGGCCGUAAAAUUGAUUAACGAGUCGCAUAAUGCAGUUGGUGCCCAAAUGGAUGUAAAAUUUCGCUCUCUAAUUGCUCUAGCAGUUUGUGAGCAAUGUCUUCACUUAUGGUUUGAUUUGCUAUGCAGUUGUCCAGAUCAAGAGCAGAUCAGAAUUAAAUUUUACCAUUCAUGGUCAUUUAUACGAUCACCAAUAUGGAGGCAGAUAAAAUGUGAAUUGCGGCUUCUGGCACAAUUCUCCUUUAAUUUGAGUGUUGAUUAUGAAGUCGCAGACAUUGUCCGAAAGAAGAAUUUGACUUUAAAUGAGACACUGAAAAAAAAGGCAUUUUCGAACAUGCUACCAACUACGAUUCGAAGUUCGUUUGAUCAGCCAUUAAAAGAGAGUGUACGAGAUAUGCUGAUCAAACACCAUCUCUUUAGCUGGGAUUUAUAG